GAGCGGCAAAAUGGCGGCCGCCGCCAUGGCCGCGGGAGGGCUUCGUCCAGCGCCGUGCCACCGCCUGGUGAGGGCGGCGAGGGCCCGCGGCGGGCAGCCGUGGCUGAGGGAAGGGAGGGCGGCCGUGGCGGCGGGCUGGAACCGGCCGGAGCCCGGGGGAGAGGUGCAGUACUGCGCCGAGCUGCUGCGAAAGCGUGACUACGAAGGGUUUCUGUGUUCUCUGCUGUUGCCUGCAGAAUCGCGAACCUCUGCUUUUGCUUUAAGAGCCUUCAAUGUGGAACUGGCUCAGAUCAAAGACUCCAUAACUCAGAAGACUACAGGCCUGAUGCGAAUGCAGUUCUGGAGGAAAGCUGUGGAAGAUAUAUACUGCGAUAACCCACCCCAUCAGCCAGUUGCUGUAGCACUAUGGAGGGCUGUCAAGAGGCAUAACUUGACUAAAAUGUGGUUCACGAAGAUCAUUGAUGAAAGAGAGAAGAAUUUGGAUGACAGAGCAUACAGUAACAUCCAGGAGCUUGAGACGUAUGCUGAGAACACGCAGAGUGCUCUCUUGUACCUCACUUUGGAAAUGCUGGGUGUGAGGGACAUCCACGCCGACCAUGCAGCCAGUCACAUUGGGAAAGCGCAAGGCAUAGUUACCUGUUUAAGAGCAACUCCGUACCAUGGUGCAAGACAAAAGGUCUUUCUUCCCAUGGACAUUUGUAUGUUGCAUGGCGUUUCUCAAGAGGAUUUCAUAAGAGGCAAGCAAGAGAAAAAUGUGAGAGAUGUCAUUUAUGACAUUGCCAGCCAGGCCCAUAUUCACCUAGAACAUGUGCAUUCCUGUUCAUGCUGUUUCACCUGAUGUCUCUGUUUUUGUUGUCACGUGCCCAAGGAAACUGUUUAUCCCGUUUGAGAAGCAGGGAAGGUCAUAACUGCCCACUAUCUUUGACGUUCAAGCUGAAACCUUUUGACUUUUUUUUUUCCCCAUUACUCCUCUACCUGCAGUGCACAGCGUAUAAAACCUGCUGACUCGGGUUGUGAUUGUGGUUACAGAAACACCGAGCACCUGGCCUGAAAAGUCUCAUAUCAGUGGUGGGAGGCACGGAAAAUAAGCAAUGUGUAGCUGUUGUCCAGCUGCUUAAAACUUGGUCGCUGGUAUUGAAUGGAAGCUUUGGGACAGAGACAGAGAUAAUUGAGUUCUUUAAGGCAGUUCUUUAGUCAGUUCUUUAACUAAGGCAGAACCUUAGUUCUUUUCCUUCCCACCCCAUUCCUAGAGCCCUGCCCAAACUGCACACCGGGAGGUUCCUAUGGAAAAUAUGUAAUGUGAUCAUGUAAUUGGAGACUAUAAAGAAAAGUAUGAACACAAAGAAAACAGAUUAGGGCAAUAAUUAGCAUUUUAUUCAGUUGAGUAUUGGUCUUGGCACCUUCUCCCUUUCCUUUUUUAAUAGUCUUAAAAAAAAUUCCUCUCUGAAUACUUGCCCCAAUCUCCGUCGUCAUCAGUGGAUGAUAAUGGGUAGUGGGGGAUCUCUAGAGGAUUCAUACUACUUGAAAGUGGUAUUAAGAGGCAGUAAUAGUAGGGUAUUAGCCUCAUUAACGAUCAGAUGGUCUUUGUUAAUGCAAAAAUAAAGAUACUUUUUCCCCUAAUGGACGAAAUAGGCAUUUGCUGGCAGUGUGUUCUGGAGAUUUCAGCGCUUCAGGUGAAUGUAAUGGGCUAGUGACUUUAAAUGCAUCUAUUCUAUGCCAUUUUAUUUUGCUUGAGGGCGUUCUCAACCACUACCCUCUGUCCUGGUUGGAAUUACUUGGGGGUGGUGAAGCUUAAACCUGCAGAGGGUUUAACCAUCUCAGAAUUUGGCACGUGUUUUGGAGGAUGAAGAUAACAGUUAUCAUCCAUCUUUCACAAUCAAAAGAAACAAUCUCAAAAUGCUAAAUAAGUCUCAGGGAUAUUAUAUGAAGCAUAUUGUACUAAUACGGCACUUGAUCUUGGGAGAGAAGUUUCUGAAGUGUGGUCAGCUCUUCCUGAGACUGCUGCUGCUGACCAGCAGAGGGCAAAAUAAGAUAGUGAAGAUUGCAGUUUUCUUUAGGACUUUGGUGUUUUAUUAGAAUAAAAGCAUAUAAUAAAAGGGCUGUGUCAGUCCCACAGUGAGCCCUUUGAAAUGUGCUAGCAGGCUUUAUUCGUUCCUCCUUUUUCUCUUAAGCACUGUCUCCCACAUUCCUCUAGGAUGGUCUCCUUUGGCUUUUUGCAUAUAUCUCAGCUAUGCUCUAUCAGUUUACCAGGGAAGAUAACAUGCUUUCUAAAUAACAGUCAUACAAACCCAUUCUGAGUUAAGAAGAUCAAGCAAGAUUACUUUUUUUCUUUCAUCUCACAAUUAGUAAGCUAGAAUAUAAGAUCCAGGAGCAUAAUUUUCCUUUUAUAUAUAUGCACAGUAUUUCAUCUCAAAGUUUUAAAAUAAUUUGCCCUGUGAAAAGAUUGAGUAUUUUUCCUUCCUAAAGUUUCAGCCACGAUUUCUCUAGAAAAAAUCUAGAAAGUUAACAGAAACUCAUACAUACUCAUCAGUGUUUGUGAAGGGCUUUUUUGUUUGUUUUAGCAAAAGAAAGGGCAAAACUAGAAGGGAUUCACUGUUUAUAAAUAAGCACUAUGGAAGAUUAACUUCAGUUCUGUUAGGUGU